AUGGCAGCGCUGAGCGGUUCCGUGCACUGUGUGGUUCCGUGCGUCGUCAUGGCAGCGCUGAGUGGUUCCGUGCGUCGUCAUGGCAGCGCUGAGCGGUUCUGUGCGUCGCCAUGGCAGCCCAUGCAGCGCCACACUGUUCCAUGCAUUGCCAUGGCAGCACUGAGCGGUUCCGUGCACUGUGUGGUGCCGUGCGUCGCCAUGGCAGCGCUGGGCGGUUCCGUGCAUCGCCAUGGCAGCGCUGAGCGGUUCUGUGCGUCGCCAUGGCAGCCCAUGCAGCGCCACACUGUUCCAUGCAUUGCCAUGGCAGCCCUGAGCGGUUCCGUGCACUGUGUGGUGCCGUGCGUCGCCAUGGCAGCCCAUUUGGUGUCAGAGCCCGGCACCGGCCCCUCCGGCACCCGCCUGCGCCCCCCGCCCAUGAGGACCCAUGACGGGAGCGUGGGGAUGACGCCUGUGGCGCUCUGCCUCUGGGCAGCCCUGGUCCUGGCCUCCAUGGGGGGUGCAGCGACCAGCACCUCAGAGACGGCUGGAACAUGGACAGACACAAACACCGCGGACACCUCCUCCUCUCCCAGCGAGAGCAGCCCCAUGACUGUGGACGAGUCAACGACGGGCACCUCCUCUUCUCCCAGCGAGAAUAUCUCCGCGACCUCAGUUGAACCCAGCACGGGCACCUCCUCGCCCAGCGAGAGCAGCCCCACGACCUCAGCUGAACCCACCACUGCCAACACCUCCUCUCACAGGGACAGCAGCCGCAUGAGCUCGGCCGAGUUCCCGACUGGCACCUCCUCCUCUUCCAGCGAGAGCAGCCCCACAACCAUAGCUGAGACCACAACCAGCACCUCCUUGUCUCCCAGCGAGAUCAGCCCCACGGCCUCGGCCGAGUCCACUACCAGCACCCGUUCCUCCAACAGUGAGAGCAGCCCCACGACCGUUGCUGAGACCACAACAGGAAGCUCCUCCUCUCCCAGCGAGAGUAUCUCAGUGACCUCGACCGAGCCCACAACGGGCACCAGCUCCGCUGCCAGCAAGACAAGCCACACGACCUUGGCCGAGACUACCACUGGCACCUCCUCUUCUCACAGUGAGAGCAUCUCCAUGACCUCAGCUGAGACCACAACCGGCACCUCCUUGUCUCCCAGCGAGACCAGCCACACGACCUCGGCCAAGCCCACCACAGGCACCUCCUCUUCUCACAGUGAGAGCAUCUCUGCAACCUCAGCCGAGCCCACCACAGGCAUCUCCUCCUCUUCCAGCGAGAGCAUCCACACGACCUUGGCCGAUCCCACCACGGACACCUCCUCCUCUCCCAGCGAGAGCAGCCACUUGACUUUGGCAGAGUCCACCUUUGUCACCACCUCCUCUCCCAGAAAAAGCAGCCCCACGGCCUCGGCCGAGUCCACCACUAGCAUCUCUUCCUCUCACAGUGAGAGCAGCCAGAUGACCUCGGUCAGGAGCUCCAUGGGCACCUCCUCUUUUCACAGCAAGAGCAUCCCUGUGACCUCGGCUGAGGCCACCAUGGGCAUCUCCUCCUCUCCCAGCGAGAGCAGCCACAUAACCAGUGCUGAGACCACAACAGGAACCUCCUCCUCUCCCACCAAGGGUAUCUCGGUGACCUCGGCCGAGCCCACAACGGGCACCAGCUCCGCUGCCAGCGAGAGCAUCUCCACGACCUUGGCUGAUUCCACCAUUGGCACCUCUUCCACUCACGGUGAGAGCAGCCACACAAUCAUUGCUGAGACCACAACCGGCACCUCCUCAUCUCCCAGCGAGACUAUAUCAGCGACCUCGGCCGAGCCCACAACGGGCACCACCUCCUCUCCCAGCGAGAGGAGCCAUACGACCGUGGCUAAGACUACAAUGGGCACUUUCUCCUCUCCCAGCAAGAGCAGCCCCGUGACCUCAGCCGAUUCUGCCACUGGCACCUCCUCAUCACCCAGCGAGAGCAGCCACACCACCGUGUUCAAGACAAGAACAGGCACCUCCUCCUCUCCCAGCGAGAGCAUCUCCACGACCUCAACUCAACCCGCCAUGGACACCUCCUCCUCUCCCAGCGAGAGCAGCCACUUAACUUCGGCCGAGUCCACCAUUGUCACUGCCUCCUCUCCCAGAAAAAGCAGCCCCACGGCCUCGGCCGAGUCCACCACUAGCACCUCUUCCUCUCCCAGCGAGAGGAGCCCCACGACCUCGGCUGAGUCCACCACGGACACCUCCUCCUCUCCCAGUGAGAGCAUCUCUUCGAGCUCAGCCAAGCCCACCAUGGACACCACCUCUUUUCCUAGCGAGAGCAGCCCCACAAGCUCGGCCAAGCCCAACACUGGCACCUCCUCCUCUCCCAGCGAGAGCAGACAUACGACCCUGGCCGAGACCACAACCAGCACCUCCUUGUCUCCUCGAGAGAGCAGCCACACGGCCCCGGCCAAGAGCUCCAUGGGCACCUCCUCUUCUCCCAGUGAGAGCAGCCACACGACCUCAGCCGAGCCCAACUCUGGCACCUCUUCCUCUGACAGCGAGAGAAGCCACACGACCGUGGCUGAGACCACCACGGGCAUCACGUCCUCUUCCCACAGAGAGAGCAGCCCCACGACCUCAGCCGAGUCUGCCACUGGCACCUCCUCAUCACCCAGCCAGAGUGUCUCCACGACCUCAUCCAAACCCACCACGGGCACCUCCUCGUCACCCCAGCAGAGUAGCCUCAUGACUUCAGCCGAGUCCAUCACUGGCACCUCCUCCUCUCCCAGCGAGAGGAGCCACAUGACCGUGGCUGAGACCACCACGGGCAUCACCUCCUCUGCCAGAGAGCGUUUCUCCGUUACUUCAGCCAAGCCCACCAUGGGCACCUCCACCUCCCACAUCGGAAGCGUCUCCAUGACCUCAGCUGAACCCACCACGGGCACUUCCUCCUCGCCCAAGGAGAGUAGCCAUACGACUUCAUCUGAGUCCACCACUGGCACCUCCUCCUCUCGCAGAGAGAGGAGCCCCAUGACCUCGACCGAGUCCACCACUAGCACUGUUUCCACUCACAGCGAGAGGAGCCCGACGACCUCGGGCAGGAGCUCCACGGGCACCUCCUCCUCUCCCAGCGAGAUCAGCCCCACGACCUCGGCCGAGUCCACCACUAGCACCGUUUCAGAUCCCAGCAAGACAAGCCACACGACCUCAGCUGAGCCCAACACUAGCACCUCUUCCACUCCCAGCGAGAGCAGCCGCACAACCUCAGCCGAGCCCAACUCUGGCACCUCCUCCUCUCCCAGCGAGAGGAGCCAUACGACCGUGGCUGAGACCACCACGGGCAUCACGUCCUCUUCCCACAGAGAGAGCAGCCCCACGACCUCAGCCGAGUCUGCCACUGGCACAUCCUCAUCACCCAGCCAGAGUGUCACGACCUCAUCCAAACCCACCACGGGCACCUCCUUGUCACCCCUGCAGAGUAGCCUCAUAACCUCAUCUGAGUCUAUCACUGGCACCUCCUCCUCUCCUAGCGAGAGCAGACCCACAACCUCUGCUGAACCCACCAAAGCUACUUACUCCGCUCCCAGUGAAAGCAUCCCUACAACCUCGGCUGAGUCCUCCACUGGCACCUCCGCCGCUCCCAGCGAGAGCAGACUCACGAGUUCGACCAAGAUCACCACAGGCACCUCAUCCUCUCCCCGUGAGAGCAGCCCCAGGACCUCGGCUGACACCACUAUUGGCAUCUCAUCCAUUCCCAGCGAGACCAGACACACGACCUUGGCUCAGCCCACCACAGGCACCUCAUCCUCUCCCACCGAGAGCAGACUCACCAUCUCGGCCGAGUCCACCACUGGCACCUCCUUCUCUCCCAGCGAGAGGAGCCACACGAGCAUGGCCGAGAUCACAACGGGAACCUCCUCCUCUCACAGUAAGACCAUCUCCACGACCUCAGCCAAGCCCACCACGGGCACCACCUCCUCUCCCAGCGAUAUCAACCCCACGACCUCGGCCAGGAGCUCCACGGGCAUCUCCUCCUCUCCCAGCGAUAUCAGCCCCACGACCUCGGCCGAGUCUACUACUAGCACCGUUUCCUCUCCCAGCAAGACAAGCCACACGACCUCAGCUGAGCCCAACACUGGCACCUCUUCCACUCCCAGCGACAGCAGACAUACGACUCUGGCUGAGACCACAAUGCCCAGUUCCUCCACUCCCAGCCUGAGCAGCCGCACAACCUUGGCCGAACCCAACUCUGGCACCUCCUCCUCUCCCAGUGAGGGCAUAUCCACGACCUCAUCCGGACCCACCUCUGGCACCUCUUCCUCUGACAGCGAGAGAAGCCACACGACCGUGGCUGAGACCACCACGGGCAUCACGUCCUCUUCCCACAGAGAGAGCAGCCCCACGACCUCAGCCGAGUCUGCCACUGGCACAUCCUCAUCACCCAGCCAGAGUGUCACGACCUCAUCCAAACCCACCACGGGCACCUCCUCGUCACCCCAGCAGAGUAGCCUCAUAACCUCAUCUGAGUCUAUCACUGGCACCUCCUCCUCUCCUAGCGAGAGGAGACCCACAACCUCUGCUCAACCCACCAAAGCCACCUACUCCUCUCCCAGUGAGAGCAUCCCUACAACCUCGGCCGAGUCCUACACUGGCAGCUCUGCCUCUCCCACUGAGAGCAGACUCAGGAGUUCGACCAAGAUCACCACAGGCACCUCAUCCUCUCCCCGUGAGAGCAGCCCCAGGACCUCGGCUGACACCACUAUUGGCACCUCAUCCAUUCCCAGUGAGACCAGACACACGACCUUGGCCCAGCCCACCACAGGCACCUCAUCCUCUCCCACCGAGAGCAGACUCACCAUCUCGGCCGAGUUCACCACUGGCACCUCCUUCUCUCCCAGCGAGAGGAGCCACACGACCAUGGCCGAGAUCACAACGGAAACCUCCUCCUCUCACAGCGAGAUCAGCCCCACGACCUCGACCGAGUCCACCACUAGCACCAUUUCAGCUCCCAGCAAGACAAGCCACACGACCUCAGCUGAGGGCAACACUGGCACCUCUUCCACGCCCAGCGAGAGCAGACAUACGACUCUGGCCGAGACCACAAUGCCCAGUUCCUCCACUCCCAGCCUGAGCAGCCGCACAACCUCAGCUGAGCCCAACACUGGCACCUCCUCCUCUUCCAGUGAGGGCAUAUCCACGACCUCAUCCCAACCCACCUCUGGGACCUCUUCCUCUGACAGUGAGAGAAGCCACACGACCGUGGCUCAGACCACCACAGGCAUCACGUCCUCUUCCCACAGAGAGAGCAGCCCCACGACCUCAGCCAAGUCUGCCACUGACACCUCCUCAUCACCCAGCCAGAGCGUCUCCACGACCUCAUCCAAACCCACCACGGGCACCUCCUCGUCACCCCACCAGAGUAGCCUCAUGACCUCGGCCGAGUCCACCACUGGCACCUCCUCCUCUCCCAGCGAGAGAAGCCACAUGACCAUGGCUGAGACCACAACGGGUACCAUGUCCUCUUCCCACAGAGAGAGCAGCCCCACGACCUCAGCCAAGCCCACAAUGGGCACUUUCUCAUCUCCUAGCAAGAGCAUCCCCGUGACCUCAGCCAAGUCUGCCACUGGCACCUCCUCGUUGCCCAGCCAGAGCGUCUCUACGACCUCAACCAAACCCACCACGGGCACCUCCUCGUCACCCCAGCAGAGUAGUCUCAUGACCUCGGCCGAGUCCACCACUGGCACCUCUUCCUCUGACAGCGAGAGAAGCCACAUGACCAUGGCCGAGACCACAACGGGCACGUCCUCCUUUCCCAGUGAGAGCAUCUCCACGACCUCAUCUGAGUCUACCACUGGCACUUUCUCCUCUCCUAGCGAGAGCAGACCCACAACCUCUGCUGAACCCACCAAAGCUACUUACUCCGCUCCCAGUGAGAGCAUCCCUACAACCUCGGCCGAGUCCUACACUGGCACCUCCGCCUCUCCCAGCGAGAGCAGACUCACGAGUUCGACCAAGAUCACCACAGGCACCUCAUCCUCUCCCCGUGAGAGCAGCCCCAUGACCUCGGCUGACCUCACUAUUGGCACCUCAUCCGUUCCCAGCCAGACCAGACCCACGACCUUGGUCCAGCCCACCACAGGCACCUCAUCCUCUCCCACCGAGAGCAGACUCACCAUCUCGGCCGAGUCCACCACUGGCACCUCCUUCUCUCCCAGCGAGAGGAGCCACACGACCAUGGCCGAGACCACAACGGGAACCUCCUCCUCUCACAGUGAGAGCAUUUCCGCGACCUCAGCCGAGCCCACCACGGGCACCUCCUCCUCUCCCAGCGAGAUCAGCCCCACGACCUUGACUGAGUCCACCACUAGCACCGUUUCAGCUCCCAGCAAGACAAGCCACACGACCUCAGCUGAGCACAACACUGGCACCUCUUCCACGCCCAGCGAGAGCAGACAUACGACUCUGGCUGAGACCACAAUGACCAGUUCCUCCACUCCCAGCCUGAGCAGCCGCACAACCUCAGCUGAGCCCAACACUGGCACCUCCUCCUCUCCCAGUGAGGGCAUAUCCACGACCUCAUCCCAACCCACCUCUGGGACCUCUUCAUCUGACAGCGAGAGAAGCCACACGACCGUGGCUGAGACCACCACGGGCAUCACGUCCUCUUCCCACAGAGAGAGCAGCCCCACGACCUCAGCCGAGUCUGCCACUGGCACAUCCUCAUCACCCAGCCAGAGCGUCUCCACGACCUCAUCCAAACCCAGCACGGGCACCUCCUCGUCACCCCAGCAGAGUAGCCUCAUGACCUCGGCCGAGUCCACCACUGGCACCUCCUCCUCUCCCAGCGAGAGGAGCCACACGACCAUGGCCGAGACCACAACGGGCACGUCCUCCUUUCCCAGCGAGAGCAUCUCCACGACCUCAUCUGAGUCUACCACUGGCACCUUCUCCUCUCCUAGCGAGAGCAGACCCACAACCUCUGCUGAACCCACCAAAGCUACUUACUCCGCUCCCAGUGAGAGCAUCCCUACAACCUCGGCCGAGUCCUACACUGGCACCUCCGCCUCUCCCAGCGAGAGCAGACUCACGAGUUCGACCAAGAUCACCACUGGCACCUCCUUCUCUCCCAGCGAGAGGAGCCACACGACCAUGGCCGAGAUCACAACGGAAACCUCCUCCUCUCCCAGUGAGAUCAGCCCCACGACCUCGGCCGAGACCACCACUAGCACCGUUUCAGCUCCCAGGAAGACAAGCCGCACGACCUCAGCUGAGCACAACACUGGCACCUCUUCCACGCCCAGCGACAGCAGACAUACGACUCUGGCCGAGACCACAAUGACCAGUUCCUCCACUCCCAGCCUGAGCAGCCGCACAACCUCAGCUGAGCCCAACACUGGCACCUCCUCCUCUCCCAGUGAGAGCAUAUCCACGACCUCAUCCGGACCCACCUCUGGCACCUCUUCCUCUGACAGCGGGAGAAGCCACACGACCGUGGCUCAGACCACCACAGGCAUCACGUCCUCUUCCCACAGAGAGGGCAGCCCCACGAUCUCAGCCGAGUCUGCCACUGGCACCUCCUCAUCAUCCAGCCAGAGCGUCUCCACGACCUCAUCCAAACCCACCACGGGCACCUCCUUGUCACCCCAGCAGAGUAGCCUCAUGACCUCGGCCGAGUCCACCACUGGCACCUCCUCCUCUCCCAGCGAGAGGAGCCACACGACCAUGGCCGAGACCACAACGGGCACGUCCUCCUUUCCCAGCGAGAGCAUCUCCACGACCUCAUCUGAGUCUACCACUGGCACCUUCUCCUCUCCUAGCGAGAGCAGACCCACAACCUCUGCUGAACCCACCAAAGCUACUUACUCCGCUGCCAGUGAAAGCAUCCCUACAACCUCGGCUGAGUCCUCCACUGGUACCUCCGCCGCUCCCAGCGAGAGCAGACUCACGAGUUCGACCAAGAUCACCACAGGCACCUCAUCCUCUCCCCGUGAGAGCAGCCCCAGGACCUCGGCUGACACCACUAUUGGCACCUCAUCCGUUCCCAGCGAGACCAGACACACGACCUUGGCUCAGCCCACCACAGGCACCUCAUCCUCUCCCACCGAGAGCAGACUCAUCAUCUCGGCCGAGUCCACCACUGGCACCUCCUUCUCUCCCAGCGAGAGGAGCCACACGAGCAUGGCCGAGAUCACAACGGGAACCUCCUCCUCUCACAGUAAGACCAUCUCCACGACCUCAGCCAAGCCCACCAUUGUCACCACCUCCUCUCCCAGCGAUAUCAACCCCACGACCUCGGCCAGGAGCUCCACGGGCAGCUCCUCCUCUCCCAGCGAUAUCAGCCCCACGACCUCAACCAAGUUCACCACUAGCACCGUUUCCUCUCCCAGCAAGACAAGCCACACGACCUCAGCUGAGCCCAACACUGGCACCUCUUCCACUCCCAGCGACAGCAGACAUACGACUCUGGCUGAGACCACAAUGCCCAGUUCCUCCACUCCCAGCCUGAGCAGCCGCACAACCUCAGCUGAGCCCAACACUGGCACCUCCUCCUCUUCCAGUGAGGGCAUAUCCACGACCUCAUCCCAACCCACCUCUGGGACCUCUUCCUCUGACAGUGAGAGAAGCCACACGACCGUGGCUCAGACCACCACAGGCAUCACGUCCUCUUCCCACAGAGAGAGCAGCCCCACGACCUCAGCCAAGCCCACAAUGGGCACUUUCUCGUCUCCUAGCAAGAGCAUCCCCGUGACCUCAGCCAAGUCUGCCACUGGCACCUCCUCGUUGCCCAGCCAGAGCGUCUCUACGACCUCAACCAAACCCACCACGGGCACCUCCUCGUCACCCCAGCAGAGUAGUCUCAUGACCUCGGCCGAGUCCACCACUGGCACCUCUUCCUCUGACAGCGAGAGAAGCCACAUGACCAUGGCCGAGACCACAACGGGCACAUCCUCCUUUCCCAGUGAGAGCAUCUCCACGACCUCAUCUGAGUCUACCACUGGCACCUUCUCCUCUCCUAGCGAGAGCAGACCCACAACCUCUGCUGAACCCACCAAAGCAUCCUACUCCUCUCCCAGUGAGAGCAUCCCUACAACCUCGGCCGAGUCCUCCACUGGCACCUCCGCCUCUCCCAGCGAGAGCAGACUCACGAGUUCGACCAAGAUCACCACAGGCACCUCAUCCUCUCCCCGUGAGAGUAGCCCCAUGACCUCGGCUGACACCACUAUUGGCACCUCAUCCGUUCCCAGCCAGACCAGACCCACGACCUUGGCCCAGCCCACCACAGGCACCUCAUCCUCUCCCACCGAGAGCAGACUUACCAUCUCGGCCGAGUCCACCACUGGCACCUCCUCCUCUCCCAGCGAGAGGAGCCACACGAGCAUGGCCCAGCCCACCACAGGCACCUCAUCCUUUCCCACCGAGAGCAGACUCACCAUCUCGGCCAAGUCCACCACUGGCACCUCCUUCUCUCCCAGCGAGAGGAGCCACACGACCAUGGCCGAGACCACAACGGGAACCUCCUCCUCUCACAGUGAGAGCAUCUCCACGACCUCAGCCAAGCCCACCACGGGCACCACCUCCUCUGCCAGCGAGAGCAGCCACUUGACUUCGGCUGAGUCCACCACUAGCACCGUUUCUUCUCACAGCGAGAGGAGCCCCACGACCUCGGCCAGGAGCUCCACGGGCACCUCCUCCUCUACCCAUGAGAGUAGACCCAUGACCUCGGAGAAACCCACCACUGGAACCUCCUCGUCUCCCAGUGAGAGCAGCCAAACAGCCUCGGCCGAGACCAUGGGCACCUCCUCUCACAGCGAGAGUAGACAUACGACCCUGGCCGAGACCACAAUGGGCACUUACUCUUCUCCCAGCGACAGCAGCCACUUAACUGCGGCCGAGUCCACCAUUGUCACUGCCUCCUCUCCCAGAAAAAGCAGCCCCACGGCCUCGGCCGAGUCCACCACUAGCAGCCCUUCCUCUCCCAGCGAGAGGAGCCCCAUGACCUCGGCCAGGAGCUCCACGGGCACCUCCUCUUCUCACAGUGAGAGCAUCUCUGUUACCUCGGCCAAGCCCACCACGGGCACCUCUUCCACGCCCAGCGAGAGCAGACAUACGACUCUGGCUGAGACCACAAUGCCCAGUUCCUCGACUCCCAGCCUGAGCAGCCGCACAACCUCGGCCGAGCCCACCACAAGCAUCUCCUCCUCUCCCAGUGAGAGCAUAUCCACGACCUCAUCCAAACCCACCACUGGCACCUCCUCCUCUCCCAGCGAGAGGAGCCACAUGACCCUGGCCGAGACCACAACGGGAACGUCCUCCUCUGCCAGUGAGAGCAUCUCCAUGACCUCAUCUGAGUCUACGACUGGCACCUUUUCCUCUACCCACGAGGGCAGACCCACAACCUCUGCUGAACCCACCACAGCUACCUCCUCCUCUCCCAGUGAGAGCAUCCCUACAACCUCGGCUGAGUUCUCCACUGGCACCUCCGCCUCUCCCACGGAGAGCAGACUCACGAGUUCGACCAAGUUCGCCACAGGCACCUCAUCCUCUCCCCGUGAGAGUAGCCCCAUGACCUCGGCUGACACCACUAUUGGCACCUCAUCCGUUCCCAGCGAGACCAGACCCACGACCUCUGCUGAACUCACCACUGCUACCUCCUCUUCUCCCAGUGAGAGUAGCCCCAUGACCUCAGCUGACACCACCACGGGCACCUCAUCGUCUCCCAGCGAGAGCAGACCCAUGACCUCUGCAGAACCCACCACAGACACCUCAUCCUCUCCUCGCGAGAGCAGCCUGACCACAUCGGCUUAUACCACCACUGGUACUUUCUCCUCUCCCAACGAGAGCAGCCACACGACCUCGGCCAAGAUCUCCAUGGGCACCUCUUCUUCUCACAGCGAGAGCAUCUCCAUGACCUCGGCCGAGCAAACAACGGGCACCAUCUCCUCUCCCAACGAGAGCAGCCACACGACCUCGGCCAAGAUCUCCAUGGGCACCUCCUCUUCUCCCAGCGAGAGCAUCUCCAUGACCUCGGCCGAGCGAACAACGGGCACCACCUCCUCUCCCAGCGAGAGCAUCUCCAUGACCUCGGCUCUACCCGCCACGGGCACCUCCUCCUUCCUCAAGGCUAGCAGCGAUAUGACCAUAGCUGAGACCAGAACAGGAACCAUCUCCUCUCCCAGCAAGAGGAUCUCAGUGACCUCGGCCGAGCCCACAACGGGCACCACCUCCGCUGCCAGCAAGACAAGUCACACGACCUCGGCCAAGAUCUCCACAGGCAUCUCCUCCUCUUACCGUGAGAGCAGCCACACGACCAUGGCUGAGACCACCAUGGGCACCUCCUCUGCCAGCGAGAGUUUCUCUGUUACCUCAGGCGAGCCCACCAUGGGCACCUCUUCCUCUCCCAGUGAGAGCAGCCACUUGACUUCAUCCGAGUCCACCUUUGUCACCACCUCCUCUCCCAGAAAAAGCAGCCGCACGGCCUCGGCCGAGCCCAACACUAGCAUCUCUUCCUCUCCCAGCGAGAGGAGCCCCACGACCUCGGCCGAGCCCACAAUGGGCACCAGCUCCGCUGCCAGCAAGACAAGCCACACGACCUCGGCCGAGACUACCACUGGCACCUCCUCCUCUGGCAGUGAGAUCAGCCACAUAACCUCGGCGAAGAGCUCCACAGGCACCUCCUCUUCUCACAGUGAGAGCAUCUUUGCAACCUCGGCCGAGCCCACCACAGGCGUCUCCUCCUCUCCCAGCGAGAGCAGCCACAUAACCUCGGCCGAGUCUAGCAGUGGCACCUCCUCAUCAGUCAGCGAGAGCAGCCACACCACCGUGGUCAAGACAAGAACAGGCACCUCGUCCUCUCCCAGUGAGAGCAUCUCCAUGACCUCAGCUCCACCCGCCACGGGCAGCCCCACGAUCUCAGCGACCUCGGCCGAGCCCAUAACGGGCACCACCUCCGCUGCCAGCAAGACAAGCCACACGACCUCGGCCAAGAUCUCCACAGGCAUCUCCUCCUCUUCCCAUGAGAGCAGCCACACGACCACGGCUGAGACCACCAUGGGCACCUCCUCUGCCAGUGAGAGCAGCCACACGACCGUGGCCGAGACGACAACGGGAACCUCCUCCUCUCCCAGCGAGAGCAGCCACUUGACUUCGUCCGAGUCCACCUUUGUCACUACGUCCCCUCCCAGAAAAAGCAGCCCCACGGCGUCGGCCGAGCCCAAGAUGAGCACCCCUUCCUCUCACAGCGAGAGCAGCCCCACGACCUCGGCCAGGAGCUCCAUGGGCACCUCCUCUUCGCCCAGCGAGAGCAUCUCCACCACUUUGUCUGAGCCCACAACGGGCAUCUCGUCCUCUCCCAGCGAGAGUAUCUCAGUGACCUCGACCGAGCCCAUAACGGGCACCAGCUCCGCUGCCAGCAAGACAAGCCACACGACCUCGGCUGAGCCCAACACUGGCACCUCCUCUUCUCACAGUGAGGGCAGCCACACAACCAUAGCUGAGACCACAACUGGCACCUCCUCUUCUCACAGCGAGAGGAGCCAUACAACCAUGCCCGAGACUACAGUGGGCACUUUCUCCUCUCCCAGCAAGAGCACCCCCACGACCUCGGCCGAGUCUGCCACUGGCACCUCCUCAUCACUCAGCGAGAGCAGCCACACCACCGUGGUCAAGACAAGAACAGGCACCUCCUCCUCUCCCAGCGAGAGCAUCUCCACGACCUCAACUCAACCCGCCAUGGACACCUCCUUCUCGCCGAAGGAGAGCAGCAGCACGACCUUGUCCGAGACCUCCACGAGAAUCUCCUCUUCUCCCAGCAAGAGCAUCUCCACGACUCCUGCCGAGUCCACCACGGGCUCCUCCUCCUUUUCCAGUGAGAGCAGUCACACGACCAUGGCUGAGACCACCAUGGGCACCUCCUCUCCCAGCGAGACUAGCCACUUGACUUCGGCAGAGUCGACCAUUGUCACCUCCUCCUCUCCCAACGAGAGCAGCCACAUGACCUCGGCCAAGAUCUCCACGGGCACCUUCUCCUCUCCCAGCAAGAGCAUCUCCAUGACCUCGGCUCAACUCGCCACGGGCACCUCCUCCUUGCCCAAGGCUAGCAGCGAUACGACCAUAGCUGAGACCAGAACAGGAACCACCUCCUCUCCCAGCGAGAGUAUCUCAGCGACCUCGGCCGAGCCCAUAACGGGCACCACCUCCGCUGCCAGCAAGACAAGCCACACGACCUCGGCCAAGAUCUCCACAGGCAUCUCCUCCUCUUCCCAUGAGAGCAGCCACACGACCGUGGCCGAGACGACAACGGGAACCUCCUCCUUUCCCAGCGAGAGCAGCCACUUGACUUCGUCCGAGUCCACCUUUGUCACUACGUCCCCUCCCAGAAAAAGCAGCCCCACGGCGUCGGCCGAGCCCAAGAUGAGCACCCCUUCCUCUCACAGCGAGAGCAGCCCCACGACCUCGGCCAGGAGCUCCAUGGGCACCUCCUCUUCGCCCAGCGAGAGCAUCUCCACCACUUUGUCUGAGCCCACAACGGGCAUAUCUUCCUCUCCCAGCGAGAGUAUCUCAGUGACCUCGACCGAGCCCAUAACGGGCACCAGCUCCGCUGCCAGCAAGACAAGCCACACGACCUCGGCCGAGCCCAACACUGGUACCGCCUCCUCUGCCAGUGAGAGCAGCCACACAACCAUAGCUGAGACCACAACUGGCACCUCCUUUUCCCACAGCGAGAGGAGCCAUACAACCAUGGCUGAGACUACAAUGGGCACUUUCUCCUCUCCCAGCAAGAGCACUCCCACGACCUCGGCCGAGUCUGCCACUGGCACCUCCUCAUCACCCAGCGAGAGCAGCCACACCACCGUGGUCAAGACAAGAACAGGCACCUCCUCCUCUCCCAGUGAGAGCAUCUCCACGACCUCGGCUCAACCCGCUACGGGCACCUCCUCCUUGCCCAAGGAGGGCAGCGAUACGACCUCAACUGAGUCCACAACAGGAAGCUCCUCCUCUCCCAGCGAGACUAUAUCAGCAACCUCAGCUGAGCCCACAACGGGCACCAGCUCCGCUGCCAGGAAGACAAGCCACACGACCUCGGCCAAGCCCACCACGGACACCUCCUCUUCUCACAGUGAGAGCAUCUCCACGACCUCGGCCGAGCCCACCACAGGCAUCUCCUCCUCUUCCAGUGAGAGCAACCACACGACCGUGGCCGAGACGACAACGGGAACCUCCUCCUCUCCCAGCGAGAGCAGCCACUUGACUUCGUCCGAGUCCACCUUUGUCACUACGUCCCCUCCCAGAAAAAGCAGCCCCACGGCCUCGGCCGAGCCCAACACUAGCACCCCUUCCUCUCACAGCGAGAGCAGCCCCACGACCUCGGCCAGGAGCUCCAUGGGCACCUCCUCUUCGCCCAGCGAGAGCAUCUCCACCACUUUGUCUGAGCCCACAACGGGCAUCUCGUCCUCUCCCAGCGAGAGCAUCUCAGUGACCUCGACCGAGCCCAUAACGGGCACCAGCUCCGCUGCCAGCAAGACAAGCCACACGACCUUGGCCGAGCCCAACACUGGCACCUCCUCUUCUCACAGCGAGAGGAGCCAUACAACCAUGGCCGAGACUACAAUGGGCACUUUCUCCUCUCCCAGCAAGACAAGCCACAUGACCUCGGCCAGUAGCUCCACGGGCACCUUCUCUUCACACAGCGAGAGCAUCCCUGAGACCUCGGCUGAGCCCACAACGGGCACCUCCUCCUCACACAGCGAGAGCAUCUCCAUGACCUCGGCCGAGCAAACAACGGGCACCACUUCCUCUCCCAGCGAGAGCAUCUCCAUGACCUCGGCUCAACCCGCCACGGGCACCUCCUCCUCGCCCAAGGAGAGCAGUGAUACGACCAUAGCUGAGACCAGAGCAGGAACCUCCUCCUCUCCCAGCGAGAGUAUCUCAGCGACCUCGGCCGAGCCCACAACGGGCACCAGCUCCGCUGCCAGCAAGACAAGCCACACGACCUCAGCCGAGCCCAACACUGGUACUGCCUCCUCUGCCAGUGAGAGCAGCCACACAACCAUAGCUGAGACCACAACUGGCACCUCCUCUUCUUACAGUGAGAGGAGCCAUACGACCAUGGCCGAGACUACAAUGGGCACUUUCUCCUCUCCCAGCAAGAGCACUCCCACGACCUCAUUCGAACCCACCACGGGCACCUCCUUGUCGCCCAAGCAGAGUAGCCACAUCACCUCGGCCGAGUCCACCACUAGCACCUCUUAUUCUCCCAGCGAGAGGAGCCACAUGACCAUGGCCGAGACCAUAACGGGUACGUCCUCUUCUCCCAGCGAGAGCAUCUCCACGACCUCAUCUGAGUCUACCACUGGCACCUCCUCCUCUGCCCGCGAGAGCAGACCCAUGACCUCGGCCAAACCCACCACGGGCACUUCCCUGUUACCCCAGGAAAGCAGCCUCACGACCGUGGCCGAGUCUACCCCUGGCACCUUCUCCUUUCCUAGAGAGAGCAGACACACAACCUCUGCUGAACCCACCACAGCUACCUCCUCCUUUCCCAGUGAGAGCAUCCCUACAACCUCGGCCGAGUCCUCCACUGGCACCUCCUCCUCUCCCAGCGAGAGCAGCCACCCGACUUUGACCCAGCCCACCAUGGGCACCUCAUCAUUUCCCAGCGAGAGCAGUCUGACCACAUCAGCUUAUACCACCACUGGUACUUCCUCCUCUCCCAGCCAGAGCAGCCACACAACCUUGGCUGAGUCCAGCACUGGCAUCUCCUCCUCUACCGCCGGCUCCACCACGCCAGCCCCCGUGCAGUGCCAGAACAACGGGACGCUGCAGGGGUCCCAGUGCUCCUGUCGCCCAGCCUUUACGGGCCAGAGCUGUGACGUGCUGAGAAACAACAUCUCCAUAGAUGAUGUUGUGGCAGUGAUCAGCGUCAGCGUGGAGGUGGUGAACGCGGUCUUCAACCUGAGCCUGGAGAACCAGAGCUCCCCUGACUUCAAAGCUUUCGAGAUCCUCUUUAAGGAUCAGACUGAGCAGAUCUACAGUGAGAUCCCCCAGUACUUGGGGCUGGAGAUCAUUUCCCUGAGAAACGGCAGCAUCAUCGUGGAUCACGAGAUCCUUUUGGCCGUGCCGUAUUCCAGCUACAACAGCACGUACACGGAAGCCGUCAGCAACGUCCGAGACCGCCUGGUCCACAGCAACUGCACCUCGAACGGCACAGACAAAUUGUGCUUUAAAGCUGGAUUCACCCAGGUCAACUCGGUCAAUCUGAACAUAGCAGCGGUCUGCCAGAACGACUCCGUCAUCCCCCCGGCGUACCAGAAAUAUUACUUCCCGCUCAACGUGAGCAACACGCUGAUGUGCGUCUCCAACUGCAGCAGCCAGAGCCCCUACGGCCCCUUCUGCAAAGCAGGGGAGCAGUGCUACCUCGGGGCUCAGGGGCCCCAGUGCCGUGAGCCGACCACGACAGUAGCAGGGACCCAGUCAACGCCGACGACAGCUGAGUUCACAGCACGUGAGACAGCGCACAGCACCGCGAUUCAGCCCAGCGCAGAGACACUGAGCUCAGUCACCGCUCCGGUCCCAAACACGUCUGCGUCCCCCACAGAGAGAAGCGCACACACCAGUUCUUCAGAGACAGCUACAGGAGAAAGUCUGAGGACGGCUUCCCAGUCUCCUCUGACAGCAACCUCCAGUGAAAGUCCCCUAAGGACGACUGUCACACAGCCAGCGGUCUCUGAGACAACCGUGACAUUGGUUCCUCCCUAUCCAACUGGUACUGAAUUCACAAGUACAGACACUACCGUGGCAAGCUCUCCUUCUCUUACAAUGACAGAGACAUCCACACCCAAUGCCAUAACAUCUUCAGUGCACACCACAGUGGGAACAAGCAACAGUGAGACAACCUCAGCCACAUCCUCUCCACCGCCAGCGGUGACCAGCUCCUCCCCCCACAGCACCUUCUUGACUCCUGUCUCUCACACAACCCUUCCUGAAACCACCACCAAUGAAACGACUCUGGCAACAACCGUUUCUGCUCCAGCUUCAACAGAAUUUACCACCCGUGAAACAACAUUGUCAACAACACCCUCUGCGUCCGCUCCAUCUGAAACAUCCACUAGCGAGACUGUGGCCACGAGAGCUACUCACUCUGCAGUUGUAUCAGCAUCUUCCAGGGAGAUAACAACAAGAGUCUCUCUCUCAACACUACCUGAAACUUUCACCAGUGAGACAACCGUGACAACAACUUCUCUUCCCCCUACUUUUAGUGAAUAUACAAGCAGUGAGACGCCCACGGCAACCUCCCUUUCGGUCCUGAGCACUGAAUCCAUAUCCAAGCCCAGUGCUAACAGCCUGACCUCCACGGCCGAGACCCACACCGUCUCCGAGUCUGUUCCCUCGUCCAGUGCUUUGAGCCCGACCUCCAUAGCCGAGACCCACACCGUCUCCGAGUCUGUUCCCUCGUCCAGUGCUUCAAGCCCGACGUCCACAGCCGAGGCCAGCACCAUCUCCGAGUUUGUUCCCUCAUCCAGCGCUUCUGGCUCGUCCUCCACGGCCGAGACCCACACCAUCUCCGAAUCUGUUCCCUCGUCCAGCGCUUCAAGCCUGACCUCCACGGCCAAAACCCACACCAUCUCCGAGUCUGUCUCCACGCCCAGCGCUUCCGGCUCAUCCUCCUCGGCUGAGGCCAGCACCGUCUCCAAGUCUGUUCCCUCGUCCAGAGCUUCGAGCCCGACCUCCACAGCUGAGACCCACACCAUCUCUGAGUCUGUUCCCUCAUCCAGCGCUUCGAGCCCGACCUCCACGGCCGAAACCCACACCGUGUCUCAGUCUGUUCCCUCAUCCAGCGCUUCGAGCCCGAUCUCCACGGCCGAAACCCACACCGUCUCUCAGUCUGUUCCCUCAUUCAGCACUUCGAGCCCGACCUCCACGGCUGAAACCCACACCAUCUCUGAGUCUGUUCCCUCAUCUAGCUCUUCGAGCCCGACCUCCACAGCCAAGGCCAGCACUGUCUCUAAGACUGUCUCCACACCCAGCGGUUACAGCCCGAGCGCUGCGACCGAGGCCAGCACUAUGUCCGAGUCCGUCUCCACGCCCAGCCCUGCGAGCCCGACCUCCACCGCCAAGGUCAGCACCAUCACACAGCCAGCGGUCUCUCAAUUCACCCCCAAUGAGACAACCAUGACAUUGGUUCCUCCCCAUCCAACUGGUACUGAAUUCACAAGUACAGAGACGACCAUGGCAAGCUCCCCUUCUCUUCCAAUGACAGAGACAUCCACACCCAAUGCCAUAACAUCUUCAGUGCACACCACAAUGGAAACAAGCAACAUUGACACAAUCUCAGCCACAUCCUCUCCACCACCAACGCUGACCAGCUCUUCCCCCCACAGCACCUUCUUGACUUCUGUCUCUCACACAACACUUUCCGAAACCACCACAAAUGACACGACUCUGGCAACAACCGUUUCUGCUCCAGCUUCAACAGCAUUUACCAAACGUGAAACAACAUUGUCAACAACACCCUCUGCGUCCGCUCCAUCUGAAACAUCCACUAGCGAGACUGUGGCCACGAGAGCUACUCACUCUGCAGUUGUAUCAACAUCUUCCAGGGAAAUAACAAGUGUCUCUCUCUCAACACUACCUGAAAGUUUUCCCAGUGAGACAACCGUGACAACAACUUCUCUUCCCCCUACUUUUAGUGAAUAUACAAGCAGUGAGACUCCCAUGGCAACCUCCCUUCCCGCCCUGAGCACUGAAUCCAUAUCCAAGCCCAGUGCUAACAGCCUGACCUCCACGGCCGAGACCCACACCGUCUCCGAGUCUGUUCCCUCGUCCAGUGCUUUGAGCCCGACCUCCAUAGCCGAGACCCACACCGUCUCCGAGUCUGUUCCCUCGUCCAGCGCUUCAAGCCCGACCUCCACGGCCAAAACCCACACCAUCUCCGAGUCUGUCUCCACGCCCAGCGCUUCCGGCUCAUCCUCCUCGGCUGAGGCCAGCACCGUCUCCAAGUCUGUUCCCUCGUCCAGAGCUUCGAGCCCGACCUCCACAGCUGAGACCCACACCAUCUCUGAGUCUGUUCCCUCAUCCAGCGCUUCGAGCCCGACCUCCACGGCCGAAACCCACACCGUCUCUCAGUCUGUUCCCUCAUCCAGCGCUUCGAGCCCGACCUCCACAGCUGAGACCCACACCAUCUCUGAGUCUGUUCCCUCAUCCAGCGCUUCGAGCCCGACCUCCACGGCUGAAACCCACACCGUCUCUCAGUCUGUUCCCUCAUCCAGCGCUUCGAGCCCGACCUCCACAGCUGAGACCCACACCAUCUCUGAGUCUGUUUCCUCAUCCAGCGCUUCGAGCCCGACCUCCACGGCCGAAACCCACACCGUCUCUCAGUCUGUUCCCUCAUUCAGCGCUUCGAGCCCGACCUCCAUGGCUGAAACCCACACCGUCUCUGAGUCUGUUCCCUCUUCCAGCGCUUCGAGCCCGACCUCCACGGCCGAAACCCACACCGUCUCUCAGUCUGUUCCCUCAUCCAGCGCUUCGAGCCUGACCUCCACAGCUGAGACCCACACCAUCUCUGAGUCUGUUUCCUCAUCCAGCGCUUCGAGCCCGAUCUCCACGGCCGAAACCCACACCGUCUCUCAGUCUGUUCCCUCAUUCAGCGCUUCGAGCCCGACCUCCAUGGCUGAAACCCACACCGUCUCUCAGUCUGUUCCCUCAUCCAGCGCUUCGAGCCCGACCUCCACGGCGGAAACCCACACCAUCUCUGAGUCUGUUCCCUCAUCCAGCGCUUCGAGCCCGACCUCCACGGCUGAAACCCACACCAUCUCUGAGUCUGUUCCCUCAUCUAGCUCUUCGAGCCCGACCUCCACAGCCGAGGCCAGCACUGUCUCUAAGCCUGUCUCCACACCCAGCGGUUACAGCCCAAGUGCUGCGACCGAGGCCAGCACUAUGUCCGAGUCCAUCUCCACGCCCAGCCCUGCCAGCCUGACCUCCAGCGCCAAGGUCAGCACCAUCACACAGCCAGCGGUCUCUCAAUUCACCCCCAAUGAGACAACCACGACAUUGGUUCCUCCCCAUCCAACUGGUACUGAAUUCACAAGUACGGAGACUACCAUAGCAAACUCCCCUUCUCUUCCAAUGACAGAGACAUCCACACCCAAUGCCAUAACAUCUUCAGUGCACACCACAAUGGAAACAAGCAACAGUGAGACAACUUCAGCAACAUCCUCUCCACCGCCAACGGUGACCAGCUCCUCCACCCACAGCACCUUCUUGACUUCUGUCUCUCACACAACACUUUCCGAAACCACCAACGAUGAAACGACUCUGGCAACAACCGUUUCUGCUCCAGCUUCAACAGCAUUUACCAACCAUGAAACAACAUUGUCAACAACAUCCUCAGCGUCCGCUCCAUCUGAAACAUCCACUAGCGAGACAGUGGCCGCGAGAGCUACUCACUCUGCAGUUGUAUCAACAUCUUCCAGGGAGAUAACAACAAGAGUCUCUCUCUCAACACUACCUGAAACGUUCCCCAGUGAGACAACCGUGACAACAACUUCUCUUCCCCCUACUUUUACAGAAUAUACAAGCAGUGAGACUCCCACCGCAACCUCCCUUCCGGUCCAGAGCACUGAAUUCAUAUCCAAGCCAAGCGCUUCCAGCCUGACCUCCACGGCCGAGGCCAGCACCAUCUCUGAGUCUGUUUCCUCGUCCAGCGCUUCGAGCCCGACCUCCAAGGCUGAGACCCACACCAUCUCUGAGUCUGUUCCCUCAUCCAGCGCUUUGAGCCCGACCUCCACGGCUGAGACCCACACCAUCUCUGAGUCUGUUCCCUCAUACAGCGCUUCGAGCCCGACCUCCACGGCCAAAACCCACACCGUGUCUCAGUCUGUUCCCUCGUCCAGUGCUUCGAGCCCGACCUCCACAGCUGAGACCCACACCAUCUCGGAGUCUGUUCCCUCAUCCAGCGCUUCGAGCCCGACCUCCACGGCUGAGACCCACACCGUCUCUCAGUCUGUUCCCUCAUCCAGCGCUUCGAGCCCGACCUCCACGGCGGAAACCCACACCGUCUCUCAGUCUGUUCCCUCAUCCAGCGCUUCGAGCCCGACCUCCACGGCUGAGACCCACACCAUCUCUGAGUCUGUUCCCUUGUCCAGUGCUUCAAGCCUGACCUCCACAGCCGAGGCCAGCACCGUCUCUGAGUCUGUUCCGUCGUCCAGUGCUUCGAGCCCGACCUCCACUGCCGAGACCCACACCGUCUCCGAGUCUGUUCCCUCAUCCAGCGCUUCGAGCCCGACCUCCACGGCUGAGACCCACACCAUCUCUGAGUCUGUUCCCUCAUCCAGCGCUUCGAGCCCGACCUCCAUGGCUGAAACCCACACCAUCUCUGAGUCUGUUCCCUCAUCUAGCUCUUCAAGCCCGACCUCCACAGCCGAGGCCAGCACUGUCUCUAAGCCUGUCUCCACACCCAGCGGUUACAGCCCGAGCGCUGCGACCGAGGCCAGCACUAUGUCCGAGUCCGUCUCCACGCCCAGCCCUGCCAGCCCGACCUCCAGCGCCAAGGUCAGCACCAUCACACAGCCAGCGGUCUCUGAAUUCACCACCAAUGAGACAACCACGACAUUGGUUCCUCCCUAUCCAACUGGUACUGAAUUCACAAGAUCGGAGACUACCCUAGCAAACUCCCCUUCUCUUCCAAUGACAGAGACAUCCACACCCAAUGCCAUAACAUCUUCAGUGCACACCACAAUGGAAACAAGCAACAGUGAGACAACCUCAGCCACAUCCUCUCCACCGACAACGGUGACCAGCUCCUCCACCCACAGCACCUUCUUGACUUCUGUCUCUCACACAACCCUUUCCGAAACCACCACCAAUGAAACGACUCUGGCAACAACCGUUUCUGCUCCAGCUUCAACAGCAUUUAAAAACCAUGAAACAACAUUGUCAACAACACCCUCUGCGUCCGCUCCAUCCGAAACAUCCACUAGCGAGACAGUGGCCACGAGAGCUACUCACUCUGCAGUUGUAUCAACAUCUUCCAGAGAGAUAACAACAAGUGUCUCUCUCUCAACACUACCUGAAACUUUCACCAGUGUGACAACCGUGACAACAACUUCUCUUCCCCCUACUUUUAGUGAAUAUACAAGCAGUGAGACUCCCAUGGCAACCUCCCUUCCGGUCCUGAGCACUGAAUCCAUAUCUAAGCCCAGCGCUUCCAGCCUGAACUCCAUGGACGAAACACACACCGUCUCCGAGUCUGUUCCCUCGUCCAGUGCUUCAAGCCUCACCUCCACGGCUGAGACCCACACCAUCUCCGAGUCUGUUCCCUCGUCCAGCGGUUACAGCCCGACCUCCACGGCUGAGACCCACACCGUCUCCGAGUCUGUCUCCACGCCCAGCGUUUCCGGCUCGUCCUCCACGGCCGAGGCCAGCACCGUCUCCAAGUCUGUUCCCUCGUCCAGAGCUUCGAGCCCGACCUCCACGGCUGAGACCCACACCAUCUCUGAGUCUGUUCCCUCAUCCAGCGCUUUGAGCCCGACCUCCACGGCCGAAACCCACACCGUGUCUCAGUCUGUUCCCUCAUCCAGCGCUUCGAGCCCGACCUCCACGGCUGAGACCCACACCGUCUCUCAGUCUGUUCCCUCAUCCAGCGCUUCGAACCCGACCUCCAUGGCUGAAACCCACACCAUCGCGGAGACUGUUCCCUCAUCCAGCGCUUCGAGCCCGACCUCCACGGCGGAAACCCACACCGUCUCUGAGUCUGUUCCCUUGUCCAGUGCUUCAAGCCUGACCUCCACAGCCGAGGCCAGCACUGUCUCCGAGUCUGUUCCGUCGUCCAGUGCUUCGAGCCCGACCUCCACUGCCGAGACCCACACCAUCUCCGAGUUUGUUCCCUCAUCCAGCGCUUCGAGCCCGACCUCCACUGCCGAGACCCACACCAUCUCCGAGUCUGUCUCCACGCCCAGCGCUUCCGGCUCGUCCUCCACGGCCGAGACCCACACCAUCUCUGAGUCUGUUCCCUCAUCCAGCGCUUCGAGCCAGACCUCCAUGACUGAAACCCACACCAUCUCUGAGUCUGUUCCCUCAUCCAGUGUUUCAAGCCUGACCUCCACAGCUGAGGCCAGCACCAUCUCUGAGUCUGUUCCCUCGUCCAGUGUUUCAAGCCUGACCUCCACAGCCGAGGCCAGCACUGUCUCUAAGUCUGUCGCCACACCCAGUGGUUACAGCCCAAGUGCUGCGACCAAGGCCAGCACUAUGUCCGAAUCCGUCUCCACGCCCAGCCCUGCCAGCCCGACCUCCACCGCUAAGGUCAGCACCAUCACACAGCCAGCGGUCUCUCAAUUCACCCCCAAUGAGACAACCAUGACAUUGGUUCCUCCCCAUCCAACUGGUACUAAAUUCACAAGUACAGAGACGACCAUGGCAAGCUCCCCUUCUCUUCCAAUGACAGAGACAUCCACACCCAAUGCCAUAACAUCUUCAGUGCACACCACAAUGGAAACAAGCAACAGUGAGACAACCUCAGCCACAUCCUCUCCACCACCAACGCUGACCAGCUCCUCCACCCACAGCACCUUCUUGACUUCUGUCUCUCACUCAACCCUUUCCGAAACCACCACCAAUGAAACGACUCUGGCAAUAACCGUUUCUGCUCCAGCUUCAACAGCAUUUACCAACCAUGAAACAACAUUGUCAACAACACCCUCUGCGUCCGCUCCAUCUGAAACAUCCACUAGCGAGACAGUGGCCACGAGAGCUACUCACUCUGCAGUUGUAUCAACAUCUUCCAGGGAGAUAACAACUAGUGUCUCUCUCUCAACACUACCUGAAACUUUCCCCAGUGAGACAACCGUGACAACAACUUCUCUUCCCCCUACUUUUAGUGAAUAUACAAGCAGUGAGACUCCCAUGGCAACCUCCCUUCCUGUCCUGAGCACUGAAUCCAUAUCCAAGCCCAGCGCUUCAAGCCCGACCUCCACGGCCGAAACCCACACCAUCUCCGAGUCUGUCUCCACGCCCAGCGCUUCCGGCUCGUCCUCCACGGCCGAGGCCAGCACCGUCUCCAAGUCUGUUCCCUCGUCCAGAGCUUCGAGCCUGACCUCCACAGCUGAGACCCACACCAUCUCUGAGUCUGUUCCCUCGUCCAGCUCUUCGAGCCCAACCUCCACGGCCGAAACCCACACCGUCUCUGAGUCUGUUCCCUCGUCCAGCGCUUCGAGCCCGACCUCCAAGGCUGAGACCCACACCAUCUCUGAGUCUGUUCCCUCAUCCAGCGCUUUGAGCCCGACCUCCACGGCUGAGACCCACACCAUCUCUGAGUCUGUUCCCUCAUACAGCGCUUCGAGCCCGACCUCCACGGCCAAAACCCACACCGUGUCUCAGUCUGUUCCCUCGUCCAGUGCUUCGAGCCCGACCUCCACAGCUGAGACCCACACCAUCUCGGAGUCUGUUCCCUCAUCCAGCGCUUCGAGCCCGACCUCCACGGCUGAGACCCACACCGUCUCUCAGUCUGUUCCCUCAUCCAGCGCUUCGAGCCCGACCUCCACGGCGGAAACCCACACCGUCUCUCAGUCUGUUCCCUCAUCCAGCGCUUCGAGCCCGACCUCCACGGCUGAGACCCACACCAUCUCUGAGUCUGUUCCCUUGUCCAGUGCUUCAAGCCUGACCUCCACAGCCGAGGCCAGCACCGUCUCUGAGUCUGUUCCGUCGUCCAGUGCUUCGAGCCCGACCUCCACUGCCGAGACCCACACCGUCUCCGAGUCUGUUCCCUCAUCCAGCGCUUCGAGCCCGACCUCCACGGCUGAGACCCACACCAUCUCUGAGUCUGUUCCCUCAUCCAGCGCUUCGAGCCCGACCUCCAUGGCUGAAACCCACACCAUCUCUGAGUCUGUUCCCUCAUCUAGCUCUUCAAGCCCGACCUCCACAGCCGAGGCCAGCACUGUCUCUAAGCCUGUCUCCACACCCAGCGGUUACAGCCCGAGCGCUGCGACCGAGGCCAGCACUAUGUCCGAGUCCGUCUCCACGCCCAGCCCUGCCAGCCCGACCUCCAGCGCCAAGGUCAGCACCAUCACACAGCCAGCGGUCUCUGAAUUCACCACCAAUGAGACAACCACGACAUUGGUUCCUCCCUAUCCAACUGGUACUGAAUUCACAAGAUCGGAGACUACCCUAGCAAACUCCCCUUCUCUUCCAAUGACAGAGACAUCCACACCCAAUGCCAUAACAUCUUCAGUGCACACCACAAUGGAAACAAGCAACAGUGAGACAACCUCAGCCACAUCCUCUCCACCGACAACGGUGACCAGCUCCUCCACCCACAGCACCUUCUUGACUUCUGUCUCUCACACAACCCUUUCCGAAACCACCACCAAUGAAACGACUCUGGCAACAACCGUUUCUGCUCCAGCUUCAACAGCAUUUAAAAACCAUGAAACAACAUUGUCAACAACACCCUCUGCGUCCGCUCCAUCCGAAACAUCCACUAGCGAGACAGUGGCCACGAGAGCUACUCACUCUGCAGUUGUAUCAACAUCUUCCAGAGAGAUAACAACAAGUGUCUCUCUCUCAACACUACCUGAAACUUUCACCAGUGUGACAACCGUGACAACAACUUCUCUUCCCCCUACUUUUAGUGAAUAUACAAGCAGUGAGACUCCCAUGGCAACCUCCCUUCCGGUCCUGAGCACUGAAUCCAUAUCUAAGCCCAGCGCUUCCAGCCUGAACUCCAUGGACGAAACACACACCGUCUCCGAGUCUGUUCCCUCGUCCAGUGCUUCAAGCCUCACCUCCACGGCUGAGACCCACACCAUCUCCGAGUCUGUUCCCUCGUCCAGCGGUUACAGCCCGACCUCCACGGCUGAGACCCACACCGUCUCCGAGUCUGUCUCCACGCCCAGCGUUUCCGGCUCGUCCUCCACGGCCGAGGCCAGCACCGUCUCCAAGUCUGUUCCCUCGUCCAGAGCUUCGAGCCCGACCUCCACGGCUGAGACCCACACCAUCUCUGAGUCUGUUCCCUCAUCCAGCGCUUUGAGCCCGACCUCCACGGCCGAAACCCACACCGUGUCUCAGUCUGUUCCCUCAUCCAGCGCUUCGAGCCCGACCUCCACGGCUGAGACCCACACCGUCUCUCAGUCUGUUCCCUCAUCCAGCGCUUCGAACCCGACCUCCAUGGCUGAAACCCACACCAUCGCGGAGACUGUUCCCUCAUCCAGCGCUUCGAGCCCGACCUCCACGGCGGAAACCCACACCGUCUCUGAGUCUGUUCCCUUGUCCAGUGCUUCAAGCCUGACCUCCACAGCCGAGGCCAGCACUGUCUCCGAGUCUGUUCCGUCGUCCAGUGCUUCGAGCCCGACCUCCACUGCCGAGACCCACACCAUCUCCGAGUUUGUUCCCUCAUCCAGCGCUUCGAGCCCGACCUCCACUGCCGAGACCCACACCAUCUCCGAGUCUGUCUCCACGCCCAGCGCUUCCGGCUCGUCCUCCACGGCCGAGACCCACACCAUCUCUGAGUCUGUUCCCUCAUCCAGCGCUUCGAGCCAGACCUCCAUGACUGAAACCCACACCAUCUCUGAGUCUGUUCCCUCAUCCAGUGUUUCAAGCCUGACCUCCACAGCUGAGGCCAGCACCAUCUCUGAGUCUGUUCCCUCGUCCAGUGUUUCAAGCCUGACCUCCACAGCCGAGGCCAGCACUGUCUCUAAGUCUGUCGCCACACCCAGUGGUUACAGCCCAAGUGCUGCGACCAAGGCCAGCACUAUGUCCGAAUCUGUCUCCACGCCCAGCCCUGCCAGCCCGACCUCCACCGCUAAGGUCAGCACCAUCACACAGCCAGCGGUCUCUCAAUUCACCCCCAAUGAGACAACCAUGACAUUGGUUCCUCCCCAUCCAACUGGUACUAAAUUCACAAGUACAGAGACGACCAUGGCAAGCUCCCCUUCUCUUCCAAUGACAGAGACAUCCACACCCAAUGCCAUAACAUCUUCAGUGCACACCACAAUGGAAACAAGCAACAGUGAGACAACCUCAGCCACAUCCUCUCCACCACCAACGCUGACCAGCUCCUCCACCCACAGCACCUUCUUGACUUCUGUCUCUCACUCAACCCUUUCCGAAACCACCACCAAUGAAACGACUCUGGCAAUAACCGUUUCUGCUCCAGCUUCAACAGCAUUUACCAACCAUGAAACAACAUUGUCAACAACACCCUCUGCGUCCGCUCCAUCUGAAACAUCCACUAGCGAGACAGUGGCCACGAGAGCUACUCACUCUGCAGUUGUAUCAACAUCUUCCAGGGAGAUAACAACUAGUGUCUCUCUCUCAACACUACCUGAAACUUUCCCCAGUGAGACAACCGUGACAACAACUUCUCUUCCCCCUACUUUUAGUGAAUAUACAAGCAGUGAGACUCCCAUGGCAACCUCCCUUCCUGUCCUGAGCACUGAAUCCAUAUCCAAGCCCAGCGCUUCAAGCCCGACCUCCACGGCCGAAACCCACACCAUCUCCGAGUCUGUCUCCACGCCCAGCGCUUCCGGCUCGUCCUCCACGGCCGAGGCCAGCACCGUCUCCAAGUCUGUUCCCUCGUCCAGAGCUUCGAGCCUGACCUCCACAGCUGAGACCCACACCAUCUCUGAGUCUGUUCCCUCGUCCAGCUCUUCGAGCCCAACCUCCACGGCCGAAACCCACACCGUCUCUGAGUCUGUUCCCUCGUCCAGUGCUUCAAGCCUGACCUCCACCGCCAAGGUCAGCACCAUCACACAGCCAGCGGUCUCUGAAUUCACCACCAAUGAGACGACCGUGACAUUGGUUCCUUCCCAUCCAACUGGUACUGAAUUCACAAGUACAGACGCGACCAUGGCAAGCUCCCCUUCUCUUCCAAUGACAGAGACAUCCACACGCAAUGCCAUAACAUCUUCAGUGCACACCACAGUGGGAACAAGCAACAGUGAGACAACCUCAGCCACGUCCUCUCCACUGCCAGCGGUGACCAGCUCUUCCCACCACAGCACCUUCUUGACUUCUGUCUCUCACACAACACUUUCCGAAACCACCACCAAUGAAACGACUCUGGUAACAACCAUUUCUGCUCCAGCUUCAACAGAAUUUACCAACCGUGAAACAACAUUGUCAAUAACACCCUCUGCGUCCGCUCCAUCUGAAACAUCCACUAGCGAGACAGUGGCAACGAGAGCUACUCACUCUGCAGUUGUAUCAACAUCUUCCAGAGAGAUAACAACAAGUGUCUCUCUCUCAACACUACCUGAAACUUUCACCAGUGAGACAACCGUGACAACAACUUCUCUUCCCCCUACUUUUAGUGAAUAUACAAGCAGUGAGACUCCCAUGGCAACCUCCCUUCCGGUCCUGAGCACUGAAUCCAUAUCCAACCCCAGCGCUUCGAGCCCGACCUCCACGGCCGAGACCCACACCGUCUCCGAGUCUGUUCCCUCAUCCAGUGCUUCGAUCCCGACCUCCACGGCCGAAACCCACACUAUCUCCGAGUCUGUCUCCACGCCCAGCGCUUCGAGCCCGACCUCCACAGCCGAGGCCAGCACUGUCUCUAAGCCUGUCUCCAGACCCAGCGGUUACAGCCCGAGCUCUGUGACCGAGGCCAGAACCAUGUCCGAGUCCGUCUCCACGCCCAGCCCUGCCAGCCCGACCUCCACCGCCAAGGUCAGCACCAUCACACAGCCAGCGGUCUCUCAAUUCACCCCCAAUGAGACAACCGUGACAUUGGUUCCUCCCCAUCCAACUGGUACUGAAUUCACAAGUACAGACACGACCAUGGCAAGCUCCCCUUCUCUUCCAAUGACAGAGACAUCCACACCCAAUGCCAUAACAUCUUCAGUGCACACCACAAUGGGAACAAGCAACAGUGAGACAACCUCAGCCACAUCCUCUCCACCGCCAACGGUGACCAGCUCUUCCACCCACAGCACCUUCUUGACUUCUGUCUCUCACACAACCCUUUCCGAAACCACCACCAAUGACACGACUCUGGCAACAACCAACCAGUUCUGA